CGGUGUGGGGAGGGCGCGCUGCGGCGGCCGCGGUGCAGCUUCCUCGGGCCAUUUUGCUCGCCGCGGAGCUACCGGGAGGAGGAGAGCCGGGGCCGGAGGAGCCGCGGGCCGGAGGAGGCGGCGGGCAGCGGGCUUUCCGCGCUCGCGGGGAUCCCGAGGGUUGCAGCGACUGCCGGGGAGGGGCAUCGGGGGGCCGCGGCCGCAGCGCGCAGCGCCCCUUCCCGCCCCCUGCACCAUGAGCUGGGGCACCGAGCUCUGGGAUCAGUUUGACAACUUGGAAAAACACACACAGUGGGGAAUCGAUAUUCUUGAAAAAUAUAUCAAGUUUGUGAAGGAGAGGACUGAGAUUGAACUCAGCUAUGCAAAGCAACUCAGGAAUCUUUCCAAGAAAUAUCAGCCUAAGAAGAACUCGAAGGAGGAGGAAGAACACAAGUACACGGCAUGUAAAGCUUUCCUUUCCACCCUGAACGAGAUGAAUGACUACGCCGGGCAGCACGAGGUCAUCUCUGAGAACAUGACGUCACAGAUCAUGGUGGACCUGGCACGCUAGGUGCAGGAGCUGAAGCAGGAGAGGAAAUCGGCACGGCAGCAAGCUCAGAUACGUCAACAAAUGGCAGGGGACAGCAAGGCCGAUUACUCAUCCAUCCUGCAGAAAUUCAACCAGGAACAGCGGGAGUUCUAUCACACGCACAUCCCCACCAUCUUCCAGAAAAUACAAGAGAUGGAGGAGAGGAGAAUUAUGAGGAUGGGAGAGUCGAUGAAGACGUAUGCAGAGGUGGACCGGCAGGUGAUGCCCAUCAUUGGCAAGUGCCUGGAUGGCAUAGUGAAGGCAGCCGAGUCUGUGGAUCCCAAAAAUGACUCCCAACUGGUCGUAGAAGCCUAUAAGUCAGGAUUCGAGCCUCCCGGUGACGUCGAGUUCGAGGAUUACACACAGCCAAUGAAACGCACAGUGUCCGACAACAGCCUGUCCAGCUCCAGAGAAGGGAAGCCCGAGCUCAAGUUCGGUGGCAAAUCCAAAGGCAAGCUCUGGCCGUUCAUCAAGAAAAACAAGCUUGUGUCCCUUUUAACAUCCCCUCAUCAGCCUCCCCCUCCUCCCCCUGCCUCUGCCUCACCCUGUGCUGUUCCCAACGGCCCCCAGUCUCCCAAGCAGCAGAAGGAACCCCUCUCCCACCGCUUCAACGAGUUCAUGACCUCCAAACCCAAAAUCCACUGCUUCCGGAGCCUAAAGCGUGGGCUUUCUCUCAAGCUGGGUGCCGCACCUGAAGACUUCAGUAACCUCCCGCCCGAGCAGAGGAGGAAAAAGCUCCAACAGAAAGUGGAUGAGCUCAAUAAAGAAAUCCAAAAGGAGAUGGAUCAGAGAGAUGCCAUCACCAAAAUGAAAGACGUGUACCUGAAGAACCCUCAGAUGGGAGACCCGGCCAGCUUGGACCAAAAACUCACCGAAGUCACCCAGAACAUGGAAAAGCUGCGGCUGGAGACCCAGAAGUUUGAGGCCUGGCUGGCUGAGGUGGAAGGCAGGCUCCCAGGACGAAGUGAACAGGCACGCCGACAGAGUGGAUUGUAUGAUAGCCAGACGCCCCCGACGGUCACCAACUGUGCCCAGGACCGGGAGAGCCCAGAUGGUAGUUACACGGAGGAGCAAAGCCAGGAGAGCGAGCUCAAGGUGCUGGCCACGGAUUUUGAUGACGAGUUUGACGAUGAGGAGCCGCUUCCUGCCAUAGGGACCUGCAAGGCCCUGUACACGUUUGAAGGUCAGAAUGAAGGCACCAUUUCCGUAGUUGAAGGAGAAACGCUGAGCGUGAUCGAGGAGGACAAGGGAGACGGGUGGACUCGCAUCCGCAGAAACGAAGACGAGGAGGGUUACGUCCCUACUUCCUAUGUCGAAGUCUAUUUGGACAAAAAUGCCAAAGGUGCUAAGACUUAUAUUUAAUCUCACUUUUAAAAAACUCUAAAAAAACACUGGAGUCGGUUCUCCCCACCGCUGUGGUUGUUCCAGGCCUUCAAGAGGCUGACGGAGAGCAAGCACGCAGUCACAGUCUGACCUCAGACGCACGGGGACUGGUGGUAUCAAGUGCCUAUGUUGGCUCGUCUGGCUUGGCAGUGUUCUGGUUCUGCUUGCUGAGGACACUGCAGAGCUGCCCCUGCGGGCUUCUGGCUGUGUCAUUUGAAAUCUCAUAAAUGUCUCCACUUCUUGCAGCAGCAUCUGUAGAUUUAAAACAAAAUGUUAUAUUCUUAGCCAGGGGUGGUGGCUGGUGCCUAUAAUCCCAGCACUCCAGAGGCUGAGGCAGGAGGAUCACAUUGAGUUCCAGGUUAGCCUGGGCUACAGAAUGAGACCCUGUUUCAUUAAAAAAAAGUUUUAGAAUAAAACUUCUAAUUAUUAAUACUUACUGAUUUAAAAGCCCCUGGUCCAAGACUUCUGUUGGCUUGUUUCUAUGUCUUGUCUUCCGGGCCUUGAACCACAGUUAGAUUUGGUAACUUCUCCAGUGGCAUUAAAUCACAUCUCCCUGCCUGGAGUAAAGACCUGGGGCUUUCUCUUGGGGCUCACGGUGUGUGCUUUCUCUCGGUAUGGUCACUGUUGCUACUGGGGUCCUCAUGCGACCAUCCUUUUAUGUCUGUGUGUCCCAGACAGCCGAGUGAAGCCCACCCAGCAGGCCGGCUCACACCCCAGGCUUCUGACUCCAGCACUGGCCGUGAGCGGGGUGCCUCCACCUUUUGAGCACCCCUGUGGGCUUGACUUUUCUCAUAUGUUGUUAGUACCUGGUGUGGCAGCCGCUAUGCCCAUACGAGGCCGUGGCAUGACCCUUUCAAGGGUGGU